AUGGAUAAUGAACCAAGGAGUAAAAUCGAUCAUUAUCUAAUAAAGGCACUAUGGGCCAUUCAAUGGAAAAAAGGAUAUAGGUCUCAUGCUUAUGUUUUAUUAUCCAUAUGGACACUUGUUUGCUUUCAUACAUUAUUUAUACUCUACACAACACCCAUUUGGUUAUUCAUUCUCUAUCGUUUCAUUCAGCACGAUGACAAUAAGCAAGAUAUAAUCACGUCGAGCAUAAGAAAAGAAAUAGAUAUCAUACUGUCACCUUUUCAUUGGUUUACUCGGUUAAGCAUCUUUCAAUUCACUUUUCUUUGCUUAUUUUGGAUGUUCAUUGUUUACCUUGUCGACUUACAGCACAUCAUCUGGUUAAUGGGUCUUUCCUUUCUUAUAUCAAAUCAUACACUAGUUCAUAUCAUUCGAGAUGCAUAUCGCAUAUCCCAUUCUUCACCUCAAUCUAUGAAAUCAGUGCCUAUCCUUCAUCCAACUCGUCAUUUGGAUAGAAUGUAUCGCUUUGUCAUUAUUGAACAUCAACGAUCAUGGUUAGGUAACUGGACUACUUUACUAUUACCCAAUGAACGACCUGAAUGGUCAGAUGAAUAUCUGCAAAAGACGCCUUCGAUUCACUCAUUUAAAUUACCCCCUCCAGUUAUCAGAAAAGGCACCCGAUUCGCUUGGCAGUGGGCCUCUCAAGACUGGGAGAUCGACUUGAAUCGAAAUGUAGACAAAGAUGGAUGGGAGUAUGGUUCUUGGGAUUGGAAAUCAUGGGCUUCAAAAUCGAGUCUCAGCCUGUUUACACGACGUCGAUAUUGGAUUAGAAAUGCUCGUCUUGAACAACUGAUCGUUCACGAUGCUCGACCUAUUUCUAUUCAGUCUACAACCAGUCAUACUAUGGAUGACACCUUGUCUUGCUCUUCUUCAGUAACCUCUUUCGAUUCCUUACCUUCUACUCCACCGAGCAUCAUUACAUAUUUACAUAAGAAGAAAUCGCCAUCGACAAGCGCAGCCAGUGUGAAUUCGUAUUCACCUGUAGAACCAUAUUUCUCAAAUGAUCACAUCUGGUUACACCGCUGACAGAAUGGACAUGUUGUACAGUUACCAUUAUUGUUACUUUAUUGAUAUUGCUAUUAUUUACUGUUAUUUUUACUGCUAUUAUUUACUAUUAUUGCUAUACUACUAAUACUACAUCUUAUUCUAAUACUCUAAUAAUAAUAAUAAUAAUAAU